CUCCUCUCCAGGUCGCAUAAAUGUCAAGAACGAGGAAUUGGAAGCCAUGGUGAAGGAGGCUCCGGGGCCCAUCAACUUCACAGUCUUCCUGACCAUGUUUGGGGAGAAACUCAAGGGCACGGACCCAGAAGAGACUAUACUGCACGCCUUCAAAGUGUUUGACACUGAAGGAAAAGGCUUUGUCAAGGCUGACUUCAUUAAGGAAAAGCUUAUGACCCAGGCUGACCGGUUCAGUGAGGAGGAGGUCAAGCAGAUGUUUGCAGCUUUCCCACCAGAUGUCUGUGGCAACUUAGACUACAGGAAUCUGUGCUACGUCAUCACACACGGCGAGGAGAAGGACUAGAUGUAUCUCCUCCAUACCUGGAGUCAGCCAAGAUGGGGUGGGGUGGGCGGGGGGCAGUACAGGGCUAGCAUAGGUAGGGAAACAGUUUCCAUCACCCCCAGAGUCUGGGGCUGAAGUGGGAAUAAAUAACACAGAGAUGUG